GUUGGAUGAUGUUCUGUCGCUGCUGCUUCGUCCUCAUUCUGCUCUUCACUUGGUCCUCGGCUCACAAUGACUUCUUCACCUCCAUCGGCCAGAUGACGAAGCUGCUGUUCAUGGAGAAGGACCUGGUCUCCUCCCUGAAGGACUACAUCAGAGCUGAGGAGCACAAACUGGAGCAGAUCAAGAAGUGGGCUGACAGACUGGACGUUCUCCUCCCUGAUGCUACUCAAGACCCUGAAGGUUUCCUCGGACAUCCAGUAAACGCCUUCAAACUGAUGAGGAGGCUGAACACGGAGUGGAGGGAGCUGGAGAGUCUGGUGCAUAGAAAAAAUAAAUCAUUUAUCUCCAACCUGACCAAUCAGAGGAAGAAGUUUCCCAACAAAAACGACCAGACCGGAGCAGCUAAAGCUCUGAUGAGGCUUCAGGACACCUACCAGCUGGACACCAACAUCAUCUCCACUGGAGAGCUGCCAGGCUCGUCAUCGGUUGCCUCCCUGACGGUGGACGACUGCUUCGAUGUGGGGAAGGUGGCAUAUUUGGAGGCUGAUUACUACCACGCAGAGCUGUGGCUGGUCCAGGCCCUGAAGCAGCUGGAUCAGGGAGAGACGCCCGGCCUUGUGGACGCCGUCACUGUCCUGUACUACCUGAGCUCCUCUGUCAACAAGCAGGGGGAGGUCGAGAGGGCGCUGAACUUCACCAAGAGGCUGCUGGAGCUUGACCCGACACACCAGCGAGCCAGCGGGAACCUGAAGCUCCUUGAAAACCUGGUUGAGAAGAGGAAGUACAAGCAGCUGUGUCGAGGAGAAGGCAUCCUGAUGACUCCCCGCAGGCAAAGCAGCCUCUUCUGCCGUUACUACGACAACAACCGCCACCCGAGGUAUGUGAUUGGUCCGGUGAGGCAGGAAGACGAGUGGGACCACCCCCGCAUCGUCCGCUACCACAACAUCGUGUCGGACAAAGAGAUGGAGAAGGUCAAAGAGCUGGCCAAACCCAGGCUGCAUCGAUCCCAGGUCGCCGGUAGGAAGACAAUCCCCGACCGCAUCAGUCAGAGUGCCUUUCUCAGAGCGUACGAAGAUCCGGUGUUGGAUAAAAUCGACCAGAGGAUCGAAGACAUCACCGGCCUGGACAUCACCACAGCCGAGGACCUGCAGGUUGCUAACUACGGCAUCGGAGGCCAGUACAAACCUCACUUCGACUUUGAAGUGAAUGGUGAGCUGGAUGCAUUCAAGGAGUUGGGAUCAGGGAACCGGAUCGCCACCUGGCUGCUUUACAUGAGCGAUGUGCCGGCAGGGGGCGCCACCGUCUUCACCAACAUUGGAGCCGCCGUCCGGCCCAUAAAGGGCACGGCCGUGUUCUGGUACAAUCUGUAUUCCAGUGGAAAAGGAGACAAUCGGACCCGACAUGCUGCCUGUCCGGUUCUGGUCGGGAGUAAGUGGGUUUCCGCCAAAUGGAUCCAUGAACGAGGGCAGGAGUUCAGGCGACGCUGUGGCCUCCAGGAGACCGACUGACCACCGACCCGCCUUCAUCUUCCUCCUCCGAGCUGCUGAGUGUGACUGCACAUCAUCUACAUGUUUGUUUUUAUCUGAACUGUGUGUUAGGAUGUGUUUGUUUAGGCGAGUGUUAUGGCUGUGGCCGUAUUGUGUAAUGUGGUAUUACUGUGUUUGUAUUUUGGAGUUGUUUUGUUGUCUGGGAGUGGUUGUUAUGUGUUUGUGUGGAUCUUUGCCUCGUCCUUGUUUUGUGUGAGAGUCGACGGUUCGUCCUGUUAGCUUGUAGUGUGUGGUCUUUCUGUGUGGAGAUAUUUGUUCUGUCCAGGAGGUGUAAUUGGCAGCAAGGCGGACCCAGUGCUGGCUGGCUCUCCACCUUUUUAAAUUUCGGCGGCCUGCAGUGGAUGGGGAGCCUCUCUGACAGCAGCACCUUUUUGCUUGUUUUCCCAGACUCCAAACAAUUUGAUUGAUACCUGUGUUUCUCUGAUAGAUUACACUAGCUUUGCUUUUGUUUGUUAGACUUAGGUUUCUUUUUCUAGUAGUUGUGUUUUUGUUGGAUAGGUUUUUCAUUUGAGUGGAAAAUGCCUCUUUAGUUUGAAUCCAGUUUCUCUAACCAGCAACAAGCAGGGAACACAUCGAAGUAGGCUUCUUCAGAGAAACCAGCUGCUCUAGAGUUCUUUCUGUCCAGUUUAACAUCUUAAAUACAGGAAUAUCUGUCAUUAUGUCUGAGCUGAUUUCACCUAUAAUGUCUUCAGUCACCAGGUUAGUUGCAUAAAAGUGAGCAGACAAACAAGAAAAUGUGGAAUUUGGUGUGACCAGAGUGAGAACAAAACAUCAUAUAUGAACCAUUCUAUGGAACUGAUUCAAAAUGCUGUCCCACAAUGAAAAUCCUACUUUAAAAAACAAUGAAGUGUUCAGACCUUGCAUACAUACUAAUAUCAUGUUAUGAUCUAUUUUAUCUCAAGACAUUGAGAUACCAUUAAGUAUAUUUUAAAAAUCCUCUUUUACAUGUUUACUAUUAAGUGCUUCCUAUUGGGAGGUGGCUGUCCCAACCUCUAACUCCUGCAUUUCAAUUAAUGAAAAUAAAAUGUAAAUGAUUUUUGCCAAUUUCCUAGAUUUUCUAUUUUAAUAGAUCUUUUUGAUUUCUUUUAAAGGGAAUGUAAAAGCCUUAGAUUGAUUUUGUAGAUUUUUUUUUAAAAAUUAAAAGUAUUUAUGUACAAAAUCCCUUCCCAAGUUUGCAUUUCACUACCGAAACACAAAGAGUUUUAGUCUGGAGGCGGGGCUUGGUUUUAGUCACACCCCCAGAAAUUUCACCAAGAAGAGACAUCGCCUUCCUCUUCAUCCAUGGCCACAUGGUGAGUAGUUAGUUGACAACAUUAUAAAGUACAUGCUCUCCAAAGUCUGAAAAUCAUUGUGUGGUUUUAAGGAUCGUCACUACCAAACACAUCAUUUCUGCUGUUAAACAAGCACUUUUGAUUUUAAGGCUAAAUGUUGUUUUCUAUCUGUACACAUGUUCAAAACUGUGUUUGGUAGCCAUGGUGUGCCUAGCGUUGUUGAGUUAUGCUAACAACUAUCAUAAAAUAUCACUACCGAAACAGUCACUACCAAAACAUAUGGAAAGGUUCCGGUAGUGACAAUAUAUGAUGUUCAUUUCUGAUUAAAGUACAUCUUAAAUAAUAUAAUAGAUGAUAUAUACUCUACCAGUCAACAGUUUGAACACUUUCUCAUUUAGUGUUUUUUCUUUAUUUUCAUGACUAUUUCCAUUGUAGAUUCUGACUGAAGGCAUCAAAACUAUGUGUAAAAAAGUGUGAAAUAAGUCAAAACAUGUUUUAUGUUUUCGAUUCUUUGAUUACUGCUUUACACACUCUUGGCAUUCUCUGGAUGAGCUUCAUGAGGUAGUCAUCUGAAGCGGUUCUCGCAUCACAGGUUCAUUAGUGGAAUUUCUCACUUUCUUAAUGGGGUUGGGACCAUCAGUUCUGUUGUGCAGAAGUCAGGUUGGUACACAUAUAAAGCAGUGACCUACGUUACUGUAGCUGAAGUUGCUGUAAAUUAAUAUCAGACUGGAACCUCUGAUGUAAACAUGUUCUAAUUUGGGUUUUAAAGUUGUUCUGUAAAUCUCGGGUAACAUUUCCUGACUUGGUGUUAGCGCUGAUGCUAAAUCAGGUUUGUCAGAGUCAUAAACUAGUUAACUGUUAGCUGUAGCAAAGUGUCCUGCAGGUCACAGCUGAUCAAUUCUCAUGGAUUGAUACCUGCUGUCUCUACAUGCUGUUGGUUAAUGAUCAGCAGAUUUAAAUUAAUCUAUGUUAACAUUCUUCCACAGAACUCUGUUACUGAUGAAUGUUUAUCUCUGAGUUCAGUUCUGAGUUCAUAUCUCUGUUCUUUGCUUCAGACUGUAACAGUUUCUGUUUAUUUCACUGAGAAAAACUUGUGUUGAAAUGAUUCUUUCAGAAACAGUAACGUAACUGAAGUCUACCCUCCAUCACA